AUGAAAGAGAAAAAAUCUGAUAAGAAAAAUGCUGAAACACGGGAGAAGCAUAAGAAAGAUGCAAAGAAAAAAACUCAAAAACGGAGCAGAGAUGAAUUCGACAAACAGUUCCCAACUAUUGCUCCGCCUGACAAGAUUGAAGUCGAAGAACUGAAAGAGUUUGCUACUUACAACUCUCCCGAGGAAAAGUUCUAUCUAUUUGAAAGAUUAUUUAACAAAAUUAUAUCAAAAAUCAAACUUAAAAAACUCCUCUCAAUCCAGGCUCACGGAAACGGCGGAAACGUCAGUUUUUUCGUGUUGAUGAUGACAAGCAUCUUCAGAUUUUACGGACGAAAUCCGACUGAUUUCAAAAAAUGGAAGUGUAAGCCCAAUGAGCCCCAUUACGAUGAGUCAAAAGAAAUCAAGGAAGAGAUCAAGGAAGAGAUCAAGGUCGAAGAAGAAGCAGAAGAAGUCGAGGAACAGAUCAAGGUCAAAGUCGAAGCAGAAGAAGUCGAGGAGGAGAUCAAGGUCAAAGAAGAAGCAGAAGAAGUCGACGAAAUCAAGGAAGACAACGAAGAAAUCAAGUGCGAAGUUAGAAAAGGCUCAAAUGGCGCGAAAGUGAGCUUGGAUGACCUUGAAAUGGCUGCAGAACCUGAAAUCAUAAGCGACAGCGAUGAUUACGAUGCAGAAUUAGACCAGCAGUUUUUCAAUGGAGAAGAAGUCUUUUGUUUUGAAAAUGGCAAUUCGUUCUCACUACCGCUAUGGACCUCCGCCUACUGA